GCAAACGGUUGUAUCGAUAUUGAAAUCGAUUUUCUCCACAUCCCUAGAAUGCAAUAUUUUUAUUUACGUGUAAUAAUUAUGAGUGGAUGAAAACAAACCCGAAAUGAUCGUCAUAAUUCUGUGGGUCUUGUUAUCGCUCGUUCUGGCGGCUGUUAUUUCGUUUAUCUCGCUGAGACAAUUGCUGCUAAGCCGGAAAAAGAAGUUGCACAAAUCCUCGGACAAUAACAUAAAUGUUGGCAUUUUCCAUCCGUACUGCAACGCCGGUGGAGGCGGGGAACGUGUGCUAUGGUGCGCUGUGAAAGCUUUGCAGGAAAAGUACCCCAACUCCAAAGUAAUCAUUUACACAGGCGAUAUAGAUGCCUCGCCCAGUUCCAUAUUACAGAAGGCCAAGAAUGUGUUCAAUAUUUCCGUCGACAGUGACAACGUGAAAUUCGUGUUUCUCAAACAACGCCACUGGAUAGAGGCCAAGAACUAUCCUCACUUUACUUUGCUGGGUCAGAGUAUUGGGUCCAUGGUGCUGGGCCUGGAAGCACUCUGCAAGUUUCCGCCCGAUAUUUUCAUUGACACCAUGGGAUACGCCUUCACAUUUCCGCUUUUUCGAUAUCUGGCCCAGGCCAGAGUGGGCUGCUAUGUUCAUUAUCCGGUCAUCAGUAUGGAUAUGCUAAAGAGGGUUCAGCAGCGGCAAAUGUCGCACAACAAUAAAAAGUAUGUGGCCAGAAAUCCGUUCUUGACAUGGACCAAGCUAGCCUACUACCGAUUGUUCUCUAAGAUGUAUAAAUGGGUUGGCUGUUGCGCCGAGACAAUCAUGGUGAACUCCUCUUGGACCGAAAAUCACAUACUACAGCUGUGGGAUGUGCCAUUCAAGACUCAUCGGGUGUACCCCCCGUGCGAGGUGGGCCAUCUAAAAAAGCUCCAGCACACGGGCAAAAGCGACGAAUUCAUUAUUCUAUCUGUCGGACAAUUUCGACCGGAAAAAGAUCAUCCCCUCCAGCUGCAAGCCAUAUAUGAGCUGAGAACUCUUCUUGCCAACGACGAGGCUCUGUGGAGCAGAAUAAAAUUGGUGAUUGCGGGGUCAUGCCGAAACGACGAGGACUACGAGCGACUGAAAAAUAUGCAAGAUUUGUCCAAACAUCUGUCCCUGGAGAACAACGUUCAAUUCAAAGUGAAUGUGCCCUACGAAGACCUGCUCAAGUUGUAUCAAACCGCGAAUAUUGGGAUACACACGAUGUGGAACGAGCACUUCGGUAUCGGAAUCGUCGAGUGCAUGGCAGCUGGGCUUAUAAUGGUGGCCCACAGGUCGGGCGGUCCCUUGCUGGACAUUGUGGAAACCUCUGAGGGGAGUCAGAAUGGAUUCCUCGCCACUGACGCUGUUGAGUAUGCUGAUAACAUAUUAAAUAUUAUUGUUAAUAAUGCUGAAAUGAAUGGAAUUCGGAGCGCAGCCAGGGCUUCGGUGGAAAGGUUCUCUGAGCGAGAAUUUGAAAAGAACUUCCUGCGAGCUAUUUCCGAAUUAUUUACAAACGCUUAAACCAAACAUUUUUAUGAUAACUAGCAUCUGUUGAUAGUUUAAUAAUAAACU